AUCGUCGUAGUCUCUUAUAACAUCGUCGCCCGUCGAAGUCUAUCUUCACCUUCGCCGUUUCGACCACUGAGUCAGCCGGCAGAGGUGUGUGCGCGAUUCGGGCGAUCGGAGUUGGUGAACUCAUCCACGCGGCCACACCCAUCGUCUCUUUAUCUCUCUACAACAACUGGUGUUUGCUAUUUGUGCCUCAGAAGUCUCAGAAACAGAACCACAUCUGCACAGCCAAGAAUGUGAGAAACAAUCUAAGUGGACAGUAUGGAAUAAGACGAUGAUAACCUGGAGGAAGAUGUCCUAGGAUACUGUUUCCAAACUGCAUAAGACGCAUUGUUAUAUCAGUGUACUGCAGGAAGUUGAGAAGAUGUCUAAGAUGUUAUCAAGUCAAGGAGUAUCAAGCAGAUUGUUUUACAUUACGUGAGGCAAUAGGGAUAGACACUUAUAGACUCCGUAAGUUUAUCAUUGGCAAGUAUCCAAACGUCCACAUGGAAGUUCUUGGUCCAACUCCUUAUGCUCGAGCAGUUAAAAAGAUUGGGAACGAAAUGGAUCUUGCCCUUGUUGACCUGAAGGAGGUGUUAUCUCUGGCUGAUAUUGGUCGUGUCUCAUGGAAAGGGAUAGGCAAGCCACUUCCGGAAGAAAUUCUGCAAAAGACAUUUGACGCGUGUGACCCACUUCUUGCUUUACAUUCGGACUAUGAAAAAGUUCAUGCUUUUGUGGGCUGUAUAAUGGAGUAUUUUGAGCCUAAUCUUUGUGCUAUUUUUGGAAGUGAAGUUGCUUCUAAGCUAAUUGUGGGGACUGCUGGUGGUCUCUCAGCAGUAGCUAAUAUCCCAGCUGAUGAUUUUAGCCUCGUGGGUGCCAAGAAAAUUAUGGAUUUGCAACGGUUUUUUGCUGAAAUGCCCCCUUGCCUUCCAAUAGGUGGGCCAUGUGGCCAGAAAUUCUACAGUGGCAGCGCGGAUAGACUUGACGAGAGGAGAUCCAACAGAUAAGACUGGGAGAUGUAUUCGAGAUGAGAUAAUUAGGGUGAGUGAACAGUGGCGAAAGAAGUCCUACUUGGCUGCAAAGCAGCAAAGCAGGGAUCUGAACUUGAUCCGCUUCCUAUUUUCGAGCCAAAGGAGGAAAGAUAGGUGAGAUUGCUGAGGCAAAGCUCUAUGGAGUAAGGAUGCUGCUAGUUUUUCGGAAGAGAUUGCUAUGGGAAAGUGGGGGAAAAUACAGGCAAAGAAGCCACGGAAAAUGAAGGCACUUGUGAUUAAUAUGGUGGAGUGAGACGAGGGGUGGGACGAGAGGAAGGCCAAGCUCGUCAAUAAGAAAUGGAGAGCUGUUUUUGAAGUGAACUAGUUUGGUUUGCUUGCUAUCAAGAAGUGAAAUUGGUCAGUGGUUAUCGUUUUUAGUUGCUAAAUGGUCAAUAAGAUACUAAAUGUUAUGAGUGUACUAUUCAAUGCUCUCUUGUGGAAUGGGAGAGUUGGGUCUUUUAUUGGGGAAACUAGACAGAACCCUUAAAGAAAUGAAGUAUAAAUUCAUGGGGCUGUGUGAAGAAGACGAGUUGCAUGUCUAGGAGCUGAAACUUCUAAACUGUAUACUGAGGUUGUCCAGUGUCGAAGCCUUUAGUGAUGGUUCUACUUUGAAGAAGCUCCAUUCUACAUUGUCACAAAUAGAAUCUCUCUAUUCUGAGCUAUCCAUUGAGCCUUCCAAAUUCGUGAGCGAACUCAAGAAAUCAUUGCAUGAAAUUGGUUUCUCAGCUGAUGGAUGGGCCUUUCUACGGUCCACUUCUGUUUCGGUAGUCAGUUGAAUUUUUCUCCUUGAAGCAAUUUGUCUUCAGUAUAAAACUCAAGCACAUAAAAGCAGAGUUGGAUGUUUCUGGUAAUGACCAUGACAACCCUUUUCCCUUUAUUCCGGGGCUUCCUGUUGGUAUACGACUAGGGAUCACUUUGUUCAACAUCUCAAGGGAGAAUAGGUUGCGGUUGCGACUUGCUGUGGAUGAGGCUUUAUCUGAGUUUGUUUACCUGGAUUUUGACCGAUUUGGAGGCAACAAUCAAAUCAGGAAAUUCAGAUUUGCUGCACCUUUUUACAAAACCCCGAAAGCAAUUUUUUUCACAGUGAAGGUUUGCCUCAGAUUGGAGUGCUUGUCUGAGAAUGUUCAUUUCUGCAAAAGUUGUGGGGGUUCCAAAACAGUAGUUAGUUUUUCUCUGCAAACUGAAGUUUCUACUGUUGUGAAAGAGCGAGUGGCAACUCUGUUGCUUGGGUACACAGUGUCAAGAUGGACGAAAGCCCCACAACAGCAACCAGCGUCCGCCACCCGAAACAACUGUCACCACUAUCCUAGGCCAUGCCUUUGAGUGGGAAUUCAUUUUGCAGCCAGACCCUAUUACAAUCUACCCAGCCCAGGCAUGCCCUUCUUCUCGGAUGGACGCUACCUCCGAUUGGCCUCUUUAAACUCAAUGUUGAUGGGAGUGGUAGCACUCCAGAUUCAGAGGCAAGCACUGGUGGCUUAGUUAGGGAUUGGAUAGGAAAUUGGAUCACUGGGUUUUGUGCAAACUGGGCUCUGUCUCGGGUCUCUCAGCUGAGCUUUGAGCUAUUUAUUAUGGACUCAAACUCCUCUGAAACUUGUACGUACACAUAUUGAAUACCAAACUUCUUACCUGGUGCAUUGUAACUAAUAUGUCCGAUAAACUUCUUACCUGGUGCAUUGUAAUUUUUUACUGAA